AUGGUUGGUGAUAGAUCACUACACUUGCAGCCAUUGCAGAGUGACUGCAACGGUGACGACUCGAGCGCCUACGUGAGCUGUCCAACCCCUGACGACGCCGAACGCCAGCCGAUUGAUGCAUUCGGCAUUCUCCACGCGGCAGACAUCCAGUGGACACUGGGGACCCGGGCAUUCCGCACGUGCCUCGUUCUUGCCAUGCCUUGGGCCGCCUACGCAAUCCUGAACACUGUCUUCACAAACACUCGAAUCUCCUACAUGGAAUCAAUGGGAAUCUUCGACUUUGUGCCACGCUUUGUCCCCAGUCUGAUCCAAGUCUUCCUUGGACCGAUCCUCGGCGCUAUGUCGGAUCGCUCGCUCUCCCAUUGGGGACGACGCAAUGUGUUCUUAAUGGCAGCCGCGGUCAUCGCGACGGUGACAGGCUUGCUCUACAGCUCAGCAAAUGUGCUUUUUCCUGAUCUCCAAGGGUUGACGAAGCUGCUUCUUGUGCUACUCAGUAUCGGCGUGCUGCUGCUAAAUAUCGGUCUUCGUGCUCGUAUCAUGGACAUGGUGCCGAUCGAGUUUCAGGUUCAUGCGCAAGCAACAUUAGCCAUGUAUGAAGCUGUAGGUGGCGUGCUGGGAUCCCUACUCUUUCGUAGCACAUCCGACGCUGUGGUCUUCGCGAGCGCUAUCAGUGGCGAGGAGAUCCUGAAAGCUUUUGGAUUCGCUAUGGCAGCCAUCUUCGUUACAACUGCUGUUUGUAUUUAUCUGCGACCAGAACACCCUCAAGACAAGCCCAUGUUCCAACCGCGGCUCAGUCGCGUGGGCCGUGAAGCAUGGGACCAAGUGGUACAUGCGCCCAAGAUCUUUCGCUUCUUAUGCAUUGUGUAUUUUGUGCUGUCCUUCGCAUGGCUGAGCUUCUCGGACGAAGUUUAUCAGUGGUGGGGUGCUAAUGUCUAUGGGGGCUGCAAGGCAGCAGGUACUUACCGGAGGGGUCUUAACACAGCCAACACAGCACUUAUGGCGCAGAAUGGCCUCGAGGCUGUGAUUUGCUUCGUCGUAUUGCUUGUCAUGCCGCGAUGCAGAGACGCUAGGUAUCUCAAGCGGUUUACUGUACUUGGACUUGUGAUCGGAACCUGCGCGCUGGUGGUUGCGGUGUCAGUAGGCAAGUUUUGCAAGGAGGCGGCCUUCACAGGCUUCGUGAUCACAGCUUUCUACCAAACUGUGGCGAAUGUUUUCCCGUUUUCAAUCGUCGGCAUCAUGGGCAAGGAACUUCAGACUUCGGUUCAUGGAUUCAACAACAACGGCCUUUACGUGGGCGUUCUCAUGCUUUUUGAAGCAGCAUCAGAUCUGACGGUUCAAGUCUACGGCACCGAGAGCUUGGCACCUCUAGGAACGGGAAACGUGCUCACCCUCCCAUGCAUCCUUUUUGCGGUUGGAAUUGCAUGCACUGCCAGCUUCGUGGCAACGCUUGGUCGCCGUUGA